AUGACAACAGUUUUAUUUGUAGGCGGCGUGAGCCCUGACCUUACGCUGGAGGAUCUUGGCUACGCUUUUUCCCAGGGCCAUGUGGAGCUCUUGGCGUCCUCAAUAGUUUGCGUGAAGGCGAAUGGCGGCACAGGCGGGUUUGGCAGUGCAGCGGGCAAGUGCGUGGGCCAGGCGUACGUCACAGUCAGGUCCGAGGACGUGCCGAGGGCUCUCGAAGUCUGCCAGGUGGGUGCCAACGGUGUCCUUGUACUACCUGUGGACGUGAAGGCCUGGGUGAAGCCGGAGGUGGCCGAGGCGGUGGUGACAGCCGCCAUGACGGCCGCGCCGGCGGCCCAUGUGGCGGCCUUGGCGCCGCCAUCAUCACCAGGAGCAGCACCAGCACCAGCACCAGCAGCCGCUAUUGGUGUCGGGGGCUCCUUGGAGCUCUCGGGUGUCCGAGUAUUAACAGGGGGAGCUGUGCCAGCUUCGCCAACCUCUUCGCAGUCGGGAGGUGGAGGUGGAGGGGCGGCUCCCUCAGCUACCUCGCAUCCACAGCUGCAGGCGGUCAUGGACCAGCUGCGGGCCCUCCUGACCGUCAACCCCUGGUUGAGCUACAACCGGAAGACCCACUUCACGCUGCUGAAUGAGGUUUGCCAGAAGAGGCAAUUGAGUCUGCAGGCGGUUGAGUCCCUGGGUUCGCUUGAGGGCACGGGGGGUCCCUUCGUGGCCACCACCACCAUCACCGCCACCAGCACCGGAGAGGUCGUGUGUACGGGUGUGUACGGGGGAGGGAAGGGGGAGGGAAGAGAUGGGGACUGGGCAGGCUAUGCAUGCGGCUCCAGCAAGAGGGAUGCGAAGCACAACUCCGCGGCCUCGUGUCUGGAGCAGAUGCUGGCCAUGGGGAUGGUGCCCCCGACGGAGCUGCUGUCAGCGAUGACGUGUCAGGCGGCCAAUUCCGCGGGCGCACCGGCGGCGGCGGCAGUGGCGGCGGCGGCGGGAGGUGGUGGCGGCGGCGGCGGUCCCGCCGGGCCCCCCUCCGCGGCCAAGUCCGCCCUGUCGCUGACCAGCGAGAUCAUGCGUCUGGGGGCGUACCCUAGGUGCGAGGAGGUUAUGCGGCAGGUACACGCCACGGACCAGGGGCGGCUGAAGACCAUUCUCAUGGUGCUCAACGAGUAUGCAACACGAAUUAAAGUGGCGCACCAGGAGAUACAGCAUCAGGAGAUUACCCUCCCCCCGGGGCCCGUCUCCGGGUCACCUAGCGGGUUGGGGUGGCGGUUCAAGUUCAGAUCCAGUUUGGUCAACACCGUCACGGGACAGGUCCUGGCGCAGGCAGAGGGCGCGGAGUUCCGUUCCAAGCAGGAGGCCAAGCAGUCGGCUGCAGCCGCCCUCAUUGAGCACAUGCUGGCACACAACCUCGCUACAGCGGAGGCCGUGAGGGGGGGGAAGUGAAGUGAAGGGGGGAGGAGGAGGAGGAGGAGGAAGUGCGGGAUGUGUAUGUGCCGCACUCACUCUACACAACCAUUAAUGCUCAGCAUGCGAGUAAGCGCACUCACACACAUGUGCACAUAUCAUGUUGCAUCGCUGUUGUCAACGUUUCGCUUGUAGGGGCUCAGUUAAUGAAGCAUACAAACACACCACGCACAUGUACCGUUUACCCUUUAUUGACAGUGUCAGGGAAGAGAUUAAGCUAUUGACAGUAGCCGGCGAUGUAUUCUCGUGUCUGUCUGGGUUCAAACCCGGUCGCGGCCAUGAGCGCUGCCCGCCAAAUGUGCAGUGUAUGGGUCCCUGCGCCAUAUCUUCUGCAUUACUGAACAAUCUGCCAAUAAUGAACGGAUCUGUCUUGAGGUCAGCUCGGCCGCGUGUGGGCCUUGACUGGCUUUCCCUGCCUGCCCUGGUGGUGGCGGUGGUGGUUGCAUCUCGGGGAAGUGAGGGAAGCAAAAAUGGUGUAAAGCCGCGGGGGAUGGCCGACUGGGCCACACUCGCCAUUUACCUCAACCCCUAACAUACACCACCACUUUUGUUACACGCAGACGGUGCUUCGAGCAGUUCCUUUGCAUUUUGCAUGUUAUCCCCACACGGACACACACGCCACACCAGGUGGUAUCUGGUGAUAUCCGACUACUCUAUUACAGCUCUUUUUUGGGGGACACAUGUUUGUUGGCCGCAUCAUGUGCAAACGUCUAAUGUUGGUUGUGUUAUUGUUGCAGGUGUAUGGAUAAGGGUGAGGGACAUAUGUAAGCAAUGAAGUGUGU